GGAUGCUGCUGUCGGCAUCGGCAGUGCGGUACCGCUUUAACGGGACAGACCGGGCCGGGCGGGGACGUCUUAUUUGUGGGAUGCAGAGCUGCGAGAACGGGCUGGUACAGCUGGACCGACCCGGACCAGUACCAGAGAAGUCUGCAGACUGUCAUCCCUGAAACUCUUCGGGUCUUCGUGCCACCAUGAGAGACUACUCGGCCACGCAGAGUGACGGAGGCGGCUGCACGCCCUGCUGCCAAGUUUGCGUCUUUGCUUUUACCGCAUUCCUCCUAGUUGCGGAAAGGACGGCGCUGAUCUACUGCUUUGUAUACUAUCUGUGGGUGGGUCACAACUACUGCUAUGCCUACCUUGCUGGCUUCACGGCUCUGUUCCUGCUACCAGGCUGGUUUCCACAGUGGCUCAGUUAUCUGUGGUACCUGUCAGAUGGACGAAUCUCCAGGAAGUCUCUCAGAUGGACACACAUUCUGCACCUAGGCAUCUUCAAAAGGCUGUGGGAGUGUAUGCGUUUGCCAGAUGAGGACGUGUACGGUGAAAUCAUGCAGCAGGCUGAUGUUUCUGCUUUACGGCUGUUUGAGGCCUUGGUGGUCACCCUCCCCGAGACUCUUCUCCACACCUACGUCCUCAUCUGUACUGAUAUCGGAGUUAAGUCUCCAGCCUCGGUGUGUUUUGCAGUGUGUUUGUUGUCUCUGGCCUGGGCGUUGGUCCUCUAUGCCCGAGCCUGUUCACUCAUCAGACCUGGACAUUUACAGAUGACACCUGCUGCCAUCCUCUGCCGACUGCUGUGGAGGGUCAGUAUGUUGGGAUCAAGAUUUGCUGUGCUCAUGCUCUUCACUCGCAUCUUCCAACAGUGGGUCCUGGGAGUUAUUGGUGUGCACUGGCUGGGUGCUACCUUUUGGAUGGUGUCCCAGCAGACCAACAUCAUUCGCUCAACGAGUCGAUGGAGACUCUUUAACCUGGUCUUGGGAGCCGUUCACAUCUUCCUCUUCCUCAACGUGAAGUACGGACAGUCCAGAUACCGCAUGGCUGGGUUUUACCUGGUCAUGUUUCUAGAGAAUGCUUUGCUUCUUCUGGCCUCCUCCUGGUUGUUUGCUAUGGUGUCCUGGGACACUGUGGGUAUCCCAGCUGCCGUGUUCUGCAGCUUCCUCAUCGGAGUGAUAGCUCUGGUGCUGUACUACCGUUUCCUCCAUCCUAAAUCUUUUGAGAUCUUCCAGAGCAUUCGUCACAGGGGGAUCGGGGGAGCCUGUAUGCAGCGUGGGUCCACACUCUCACUGGAGGAGAAAGUAGCACCCAGCUUCCAUCGCCACGCAACAUUAUCUGGAGGCGGGACUUUAAUGGACCUUCCAAUCCAAUGGGAAGGCUGGAAACAUCACCACUGGCUGCUGAUUCGCUUGGCUCUGAAGACGGGGGAUGUUUCUAGGAUCUGGUCCGCGUAUGGUGAGGGGGGACUGGCUGGACUGAUGGGACUUUCUGAAGAGGUUCAUUCCCCUGAUGUACACCGUGUCCCUCGGAUUGCCCCUCCUCAGCCACGGGCUCUUCAGAUCUCCCAUCCAGCUCUUCCAACUGCUCCACAGGUGACCCAGGUGAGAGAAGCGGCACCGGCACCCAAACCUGCUCACACCUGUGUUAUAGCUAGACCUGUGAGAAAAGCUCCGCCCACAACCAUCCAGGAUAUGAGGAGAUUCCCAGAAAUCAUCCCGGUCCAUGAGGUUAUUCCUGAAGAGACUGCUGAGGAAGAAUCAAGUGCAGCACAUUCAGAUGGAAAAGGGGACGAGCAGUUUCAGAGUGCUGCUUCCGGCUCCCCGUCUCUCUCCUCUCUACAGCAAACAGGAAGUCUCCGUCACAUCGACAGCAAUGCUGCAUCUCUGACCGAGGCCUCAUCCUCUGUGGGGUCUCUGGACAUCAAGACACCUGGAUGGUCUCCAGAGCGGCGCUCCCCUUUACUGCUGGCCUCCCCAGAGAAGAAAGCGGCAGCCCCUGGAGAAUCCAGCACCACUCUGUAUUUCAGCGCAGAUGCGCCUUCGCCCUCUAGUGGGAGCUAUCUCGGCUGGGGCUCAGAGCUAUCGCCGAUUUCAGCCUACCGAAGCCCCUAUCGGAUCAGAGAAGCUCGCUUUAUCACAUCCACCCCACGACUGGAGCCUCGAGGCGGGGCUGAGAGUCCUGGUCCUUCUCCUGUUGUUGUUAUCCCUGCAACUCCCGGCACCACUCCAGGCACUACACCAGGUGGGACCCCUGGGGCCACCACCCCUGCAGCUUCGACCCCUAGUACUCCAGUCAUUCCCCUCACUCCAGUCAUCUCUCACGCCCGCAAACAGGUUGUGCAGUACGUGGACUUUAGAGAAAACUUGGUGUAAAGAUUAGUGAAGUAAAAGAAAUGCUGUCUUUUCCAGUUUAGAUGUUUAUUAGACACAAACAGGCGUUUUCAUGUGAAUUAUCUAGCUGCACAGCUAGUGAAUCUUUUCAGGUCUUUAUAGACUUCAAGUAUAAAUUCCUGAUUCACAGUUACACACACAGCCUCCCCCACCCAUAAAACUACAGAUGACAAAAUAGCUGAAAAUGGGAACCUUGUGUAUUUCGACAAACCUCAUUACCUUCUUUAUGCUGUCUGUUGAUUUGGGCUCAUAUUUCUGCAUGAACCUAUUUUUGCAGGACAACUGAAUAGUUGGGAUGUUCGAUAUUGGCUCCUUUACAAAUAUCCAAUGUAACGAUAUUUUCUAAAUCCUUUUAGGUUACUAACAUCACACAUAUCCUAUCAUGCAUAACUGUGCAAAAUAUGACAGCUACUUCGAUUUAAGUCAGGCCAGUGGUGCUAAACAGACAAAAAGAUCCAGAAAACGUAACCUUAGAUCUGUCGUAUUUUGACAUUUUGAUUGAGAGGAGAAGUAGUUGAAGAGUUUGAUGUAUAAGAUGUGCAUGGUAUGUAGAAGCUGUGUCAGUUGAAGAGUAAAAACCGAUAACGAUCAUUUCCAAUGUUACAUUUUUACUCUGCUAUUGUCAGAGGACAUGGGCCGGGAGGAGCUAUUCUCUAUUGAAUAGUAAUUUAUUUCUAUACCAUUUUAUUUGUAUAGCACUUUCAGACACAGCAGGAGGGUUGUACAAUGUGCUGAGCAGUAGCGAGCGAGCUGAGUUGUAGAAGAGAGAUGCAGUCAUGGGGCAAAAGAGUGCUUGCGUCAAUCAAAUGAGUCUAAUGUGUCACUGCUUGCAGUGAAGAAAUCAGUGGUUAGCACUUGGAGAAUCGAGAAAUGCUGCUUUAAAAACAAAAACUGUCUGCUUUAAACUGAAAAUGACUAAGGUAGAAGGUUGAAAUUUCCAAUUUAGUAAUUUUUCAAAUUUAUUUUCUGUAUACAAUGAGGCAGAGAAACGUUAAAAGUGCAAAUAAAUGACUACCUUUUCUUUCAUUAGCUUCUCUUUUAUACACUAUGUGAUAUCUGGCCGAGUCCACUUAUGUGUUUAAAGACAUUUUGCUUCCAGAGAUAAGCUAUUUCUGCCUAUUUUGUCUUUCUUUAAGUCAAAUGUCUAAGAUAACAAAAAAAAAACCACUAUCUGAAGUUAUCUCCACCUAAAUUUUUAUAAGAACGUUAACCGAAAGUGUCGGUAUAUUAUGAAUGUUCCUUGGGGUUAAAACUGUGAAGCAUAAUCAAACAUCUCAAAGUAUUCAACUAUUAAACUGCUACUUACAACAUAUGAAAUGUGAAAAUUUUAAAUCAAGUUUUAAAAGAUAUUAUUAUUCAGUUUGAAAAGUAUUCUUAUUUUUUGUCAUUUUUUCUAUACUUGUCUGUAGUGCAGCACGUGUUUUUGUUUACAGGUCACACUACACCACACAGUGUAUAAAACACUUGUUUUAUUCACAAAUCAUUUGUUUAGAGACUAAAACACAUGGUUAUAUAUGUGGAUGUCGCUCUAAAAAUGUCUUUAAAGUUACUGUGUGAGAAUUAGGGAAAUUGUGCAAAAAUACAGAGCUGUGCAGUUUUCGGUUGCUCCUUAAUUUUGAUCCCACUGGUUGAGAAUUCUUGUAAUUUUUUCAAAAUUAUCAGUAUUUUUGAUAAGCAUUUUUGGGGUAUUUGGGCAAUUUUAUUAUUAUUUUCUGUCAAGUUCUCAAAUCCGAACCACAAUUAUAUGGAGAAUUUAAAUAAAUGUAUAGAAAACAGGAUAAAAAGGAAAGAUAAUGAUUUAAAAUAAAAACUAACAGAACCAUAGCAUUUGUUUAAUCAUUUUAAAUGAUCUUAUAAUUCAGCCUGAUGUAUAGACUCAAAUAAGAAAUUAUGGUCAAAGUGGCCUUCAGCCUAAUUUUUAUUAUGACACUUAUAAUUAUUUUAACUCUAACCACAGCUGAUCUUCAGCAUCUUCCAAUGGAACUUGGAACACACACACACACAUACAAAUAUAUAUCUAUAGAUAAGAUAUAUAUUAUAUGUAAUGCUAAAACAUGGGCAGCAAUAAGACAUGCUUUAUGGUAAAAAUAAAAGUAAUGCUCUUUUAGCAGUAAAUGCUUCAGUUAAAUGUGUUUGUCAGUUAGAUUUUCUCUAACUCAUGCUAGAAUGAAUGUGACGUAGCAGGAACGAGCCAGCUUAUGAAAUGUAACUGCACUGAUUAUGCUUUCAUCUUUAGAAAUGACUCUUCUUGGUCCUAACGAAUCGAUGCUUUUUGCCUUGUAUAACCAUCACUGCAGCUGCCACGCUUGUCUGCUUGUUUUGUAACACUCCUGAUAUUUACCCGUUUUAUUUUAUACUUUUGAGUCUUUUAUAUGUGAUCAAAGUUCCUGUUGGGGAAAGUGGGUGAGGUUAGUGUUGAAUAUUUUUUGUUUAGUGAACCUAGAAGUUGUCACAGAUUCAGUGAAUGAAUGUAAUUUCACCGGACAUUAACAUUCAUCACUUCAUCUCUGUGAGGAUUUCCACAGAACCAGAACCACUGUGGUGCAGAUGACUCAUUAGUGUUUUAUUGAUGUGACAAAAAUAAAGCCAUUUAUCAUGACCGA